AUGGCAUUAGGACACUUACUAUUUUUCGUGUUUCAACUUUCUUUGACACUUCUUAUCAUUGUUCAUGCCCAGAAUCAAUCAGGUUCGGUUGUCUCAUCUCGUUAUUCUGAAUACUAGGAUUGCUUCUUGUCAUGAGAACUUAUGCUUACACCUUUUCUAGGCUUCAUUAGUAUUGACUGUGGACUUGUGGAUGAACAAAGCUACACAGAUGAAACCACUGCCAUCAAUUACACUUCGGAUGUCAACUUCACAGGCAAUGGUGAAAGCCACACCAUAUCACCUAAAUAUAAGGCUUCCCUUGAUAGGCAGUUCUGGAAUGUUAGAAGCUUCCCGGGAGGAACCAGGAACUGCUAUACCCUUCUUGUUCCUCAAGGAAGUAGCAAGAAAUAUUUAGUCAGGGCCAGUUUCAUGUAUGGAAAUUAUGAUGGCAAAGACUUUCUUCCCCAAUUUGAUAUCUAUCUUGGAGCCAAAUGGUGGGAAUCAGUGGUGUUUGAGGAUGCAUCCAGUGUAAUAACCAAGGAAAUCAUUUAUGCUGCUUCAUCAGAUUAUGUUCAUGUUUGCCUAUUUAACACCAACAAGGGUACACCUUUUAUUUCAGUUUUAGAGCUUAGAGUUCUUAACAGUGAUGCCUAUCUAGUUAACUCUCUCGAGCUAUUGGCGCGGUUUGAUGUAGGCUUAAGGAAUGGUGAAAUGAUCAGAUAUCCAGAUGAUGUCUAUGAUAGGAUGUGGACACCUUAUAACUCAAAUGACUGGAAACAGAUAGAUACCACAUUCACCAUAGACAAAGGAGCACCUUCAUACAAUUUUUUACCAUUACCACCCUCCAUUGCCAUGAGAACAGCAGCAAUUCCUGAAAAUGUUGGCGACAACAUAAAAUUUUACUUCCUUCCCAAGUAUAAUGCCUCCACAUAUUAUGUGUACUUGUACUUUGCUGAAAUCCAGAAGCUCAAGGCUAAUCAAAUUAGAGAGUUCAACUUUUUUGUAAAUGGGGAGGUUAUUAAUAAUGCUCCAGUCAAUCCUUUGUACCUGAAGAGCCUGUAUUAUGCAUAUGCUGUAAGUGAACCUCGGUUGGAACUUUGGAUCAAUAAAACUAGUAGAUCAACUCUUCCGCCUCUCCUCAAUGCCAUUGAGAUAUAUAUGUCAAAGGACUUCUUACAAUCAGAAACAUAUCAAACAGAUGUUGAUGCUAUCAUAAAUGUCAAAUCAAUAUAUGGGAUCAAGAGAAACUGGCAAGGAGAUCCUUGUACUCCACUGGCUUACUUGUGGGAUGGUCUUAACUGUAGCUAUGCUGGAUCUGGUUCACCAAGGAUCAUAUACUUGAACUUAUCUUCCAGUGGUUUAAUUGGAAAUAUAGCUCCUGGCAUAUCCAGUCUGAAUUGGAUAGAAUAUUUGGAUUUAUCAAACAACAGUUUGACUGGGGCCGUGCCUGACUUCCUAUCUCAUUUGCGCUUCUUGAAAGUUCUAAACCUGGAAGGAAAUCAACUAUCAGGAGCAAUUCCAAUGCAACUCAUUGUGCGUUCAAAGAAUGGUUUGCUUGAAUCCAAUUUUGGUGGAAAUCCAAAUCUUUGCUCCUCAGGUUCAUGCAACGAAGGGAAUGGGAAUAAGAUUGUGGUUCCACUGGUGGCAUCACUCGGUGGAGCUUUCAUGAUGCUAGCUGUCACAGUGAUUCCUUUCAGCAUAUACAAAAGGAGUCAAAGAGUUUCCCCUGGUCUGAGCAAGGUGAGUGCUUAUUCCAGAAUAAAGGAGGAACUUGAGUCAAAUAAACAAGAAUUCACCUAUACUGAAGUCUUGAGCAUAACCAGAAACUUUGAGAGGGUUGUGGGGAAAGGAGGAAGUGGAACAGUCUACCUUGGCUAUCUAGAUGAUACUGAGGUAGCUGUCAAAAUGCUCUCUCCCUCAGCUCAAGGAUAUCAGCAAUUUCAGGCUGAGGCCAAACUUCUUGCUAUAGUUCAUCAUAAAUGCUUGACUGCUCUUAUAGGGUAUUGUGAUGAUGGCACCAACAUGGCUCUCAUCUAUGAGUAUAUGGCUAAUGGAGACUUGGCGAAACAUUUAUCAGAUAAAAACGAAAAUAUAUUGAGUUGGAAACAACGACUUCAAAUUGCAGUGGAUACUGCAGAAGGAUUGGAGUAUAUGCAUCAUGGCUGCAAUCCACCAAUUGUUCACAGAGAUGUUAAAUCUAAAAACAUCUUACUAAAUGAAAAAUUCCAGGGUAAACUAGCUGAUUUUGGUUUGUCAAAGAUCUUCCCUAAUGAAGGUGACACCCAUAUGUCCACAGUGAUUGCUGGCACCCCAGGAUACCUUGAUCCAGAGUACAAUAGAUUAAGCAGGUUGAAUGAAAAAAGUGAUGUUUUCAGUUUUGGAGUAGUUUUGCUUGAGAUAAUUACUGGCCGACCUGCCAUUACCAAAACUGAAGAGAAAAUUCACAUAAUUCAAUGGGUUGGUUCCAUGCUGACUGAAAGGGAGGUCAAUGAUAUUGUGGAUUCAAGGUUACAGGGGGAAUUUGAUAUUGAUUCUGCAAAGAAAGCAUCAGAUACAGCAAUGGCUUGUGUAGCACCCACUUCCAUUAAGAGGCCAACCAUGAGCCAUGUUGUUAUGGAACUAAAACAAUGUUUGGCAAAUAGGAUAACUCAUUUGUCUGAAUCUAACAAUCAUGAGAGUUCAUCGAGCAGCUUAAGCACUGUCUCCUUUGAUAGAAUUAGCGGCGAGAGCUCUCUAGAACGGUAG